AUGUUGACUGGAGUGGGAGUGUGCGUGUGGGUUCGAUCUUUGUCUUCCCAUGAAGUUUCAAAUGCACUCAGGCCGUUCUACUUUCUUGUUCAUCCCGACCUCUUCGGUAAACAUCCAGAAGCACAAGAACAGAACGAGAAAAGUCUCAAGACCUUGAAGAACUAUGUUGACUUUCUGACAGAGAGAAAAAUACCCAAUCCCAAAGAUGUGACGUUUUUCAUUAAACCAAGGACACAAGAAGAAAAGGACAAGCUUGUAUUGAGGUCUGUUAGUAUUCGACUAAACGAGAAAAAUAUUCGGCGAACAGUUCUCACCAUUCUCAAACAGGCUGGUUUACCUACGGGGUAUGUUGAUAAAAUAUCCCAGAAGACUCAGGAAAAGGCUUCCGCAAAAAAGAUUGUUGACGAUGUCUCUGGAUUCGAAGAAAGGUUUGAUGAGGAGAUCAAUGACAAGAAGAACGGGUUCGGGUUCUCAGCAACAGACAUCAGACAACCCUUCGUCUCAUGGCUGAAUUAUAAUAUUGACAAGGAAAAAGGAACAGGAGUGAAUAUACAAAAUAUAAUGUGUCACUGUAAAUAUAAACUUGUAAACAUAGAAACAGAGAGAUUACAAGGUGAAAUCUGCUAUAGUUUCCAAAUGAAGGAUAUUAUUUGGGAUUGUGGAUGGGACACUUUAAACAGACGAGGAUCUAUUGAAGCAUUCAACUGUCUGGCAACACAACAUUCUCAUAUUCAAGAAUCUUUGGUUGGAAGAAAACUAGUCUUCGGUAAGAGGAGUGGAGUCUCAGUCGUAGGAGAUAUAAUUUUGUAUAGUGGAGAGGUAAGAAGUAACUGGUUGAAUAUUAUUAACAAUGUUGAAAAGUCUCAGAAGGUGCUUUCCUUUCUUCCCCUCUACCAACGUGCUGUUUCUCAGUCUUUGCUUGAUAUACAGUUGGUCCAUGAUGGUACAACUUUAGUUGAAGAGUACAGAACAAGAUUAAGGAAACUUGUGACAACAUUAGCUGAUUACAAACUUAGAAACAAUUUUCCAAGAUCCUGGCCUCAUGACUUGUCAGAGUUUAGUUUGAGUGUUGAGUCUGAUGCAUGUUCCUUGAUGUUAACUCCUGGAGGAGUUUUUAAGAUUCCUGCCUCAACCCCAGGCUUUCUCAUAGUAGAGUUUAUUUCAGUUCUGCACCCGUCUUUAAUCCCAGUCGUGAGUUCUGACCCUGUAGACUCAGUUUCAGGUUCAAAUCUCUCCACUGCACUCCAGGUGUAUCGUGUAGAUGAGAAGAAAUUGAUAAUUUUCCAGCUCAGAUCUGGUAUUCUCCCUGGCCAGGUAGCCAAUUAUCUUGAAGUAGGAAAAAAUACACAAAUUAUUAAAUUAAAGGGACAGUAAAGGAAAAAUGAAAGGGGG